AAUUGUCCCUCUGGUAGGCCGGUGCAGUCGCGGUUUGAAAUUGCCUGGAAUGAUCCGGAUGUGAGUGCGGUUGUUAUGGAGAAGCAUUUCCCCUGGGAGAAAAGAGUGAGGGGAGGGCGAGCGAGAGGGAGAGAAGACAGACAGAGAAAUUGGGAAAGACAGGAAGAGAAGGAACACGUACUGUAAACUGCAUUUCCAGGGUGGAUACCUGUGGAAUUUUGACCUGGAGAGAGGACAAGUCGUCGAGAGAAGAGAAUUUGUAGAAGAGUGCGGGAUCGAACUGACUUGCAUGCAGGAGAGGAGAGCAUAGCACAGCAACACAUGUACCUCCUCUUCGACUGGACAUUCAAGCUCAAGAGAUCCAUCCAGCUGGUCCACUUCAGAUAUAACCACUCUUCUACUCAAUUCAGGAAGCACAAACUUCCUUGUCUAAACUUACCAGCUGGUUUCUGUCAUAUGUUUUUUUUUUUAAAACUGCUGUCACUUGAAAGAAUAGCAGCCCAGUUUGACCAAGCUUAAAACUCCCUCCCUUCAAUGUGGUGAGGUUCUUUCCUCUGUCAAUAGCCAAGCUAAGUAGUACAGUUCAGCAUCCUUCAGUUACACACUCCAGACAAUCUGUGCUUGGAGAUGAUGCAAACCCGGCAUUUAAGGAGGAUUUUAAUAGAGGAAUAACAUCUUUUUUGUUUUAUUUAAUGUAUUUAAUUUUUGAUCUGCAUUCUUACAUUUUAAUAUUCAUUGCGACAACUGGAUGCUCAGCACAGCGGAUGCAUGUUUUGAUUUCUUUAGAGAAACAAACAGUGACAUGAAUUGAGCUGCAGUGGACCUCAACAGAUAUCCCAGGAACUGUGUGUCUGAGACUGAAUUCUGUGCAAAUAUAUACUGUAUAUAAAGUGACCACAUUGGGACUUGGCAAUUACACAAGCUCACUAGGAGGAGGCAGUCUUCAGAGUUUCAUUUUUUUGGGACAACCUGGAACCCAUGAGAGAAACCAGCUCAGGUCUGAUUUAAGGCGUAUCUGAAUAGUGUAAAUGAUUAUUUAAACCCUUUAUUCCCCUGCUUCUGUUAUUGCUUGCCUACACACUGAACACAUAGAGAAAUUGCGUCAGAUUGCUGUUGGUACUGUUCCUGCUGGUUAAAUCAUGACUCCUGCCUGUAGAUGAGGCCUAGUUUCGGACAUCUUUGCCGUUUGAGGGAUGUGUGUUGCAGAGUGAGACGGAGAGAGAGCGAGACGCCAUGACGGAACACGCAGAGCUGUUGGCUGAGAUGCCGGCAGUGAGUCGCAUGACGACGGCGGAGCGGCUCAAACACGCGCAUAAAAGACGCGCACAGCAGCUGAAGACCUGGGCGCAGAUGGAGAAGGAGGCCCCGCACAGUAGCAAAGGGGGGCAAGGCAGAAAGGAAGGGCGUCACAUCACCUUCCCAAACAACGUGACCCUGCUGGAAGCUGCAGCCAGGAACGACCUUGAGGAGGUUCGUGAAUUCCUGAAGAAUGGGGUCAGUCCGGACCUGUAUAAUGAGGAUGGACUCACUGCGCUGCAUCAGUGCUGUAUCGAUGAUUUCGAAGAGGUUGUGCGAGCGCUGCUGGAUGCGGGGGCCAAUGUGAACGCGUGUGACAGUGAGCUGUGGACCCCGCUGCACGCCGCCGCCACCUGUGGACACAUGGGCCUGGUGGAGAUGCUUAUCAAACAUGGUGCUAACAUGCUGGCAGUGAACGCAGACGGGAACAUGCCUUACGACUUGUGUGAAGAUGAGGUCACCCUAGACUACAUUGAAACAGCCAUGGCUAACCAGGGUAUCACACAGGAGAGGAUAGAUGAGUGCCGGUCCUCCAAGGAAAGGCAGAUGGUAGCUGACAUCAGGGCUCUGAUCCAGGCUGGGUGUGACCUCAAUGCACAGGAUGAGAACGGAACAUCACUGCUACACAUUGCCGCAGCUAACGGUUACCAGAGUACAGUCGAGCUGCUGCUGGAGCACAAGGCAAGAGUGGAGGUGCAAGACAGCGACGGCUGGAGCCCGCUCCACGCUGCCUCCUGCUGGGGACAGAUCCAGAUUGUGGAGCUGCUGGUUGCUAACGGAGCCAACUUGAAUGCAAAAUCCGUCUUGGAAGAGACCCCAUUAGAUGUGUGCUCAGAUGAGGAGGUGCGAGCCAGGCUGGUAGAUCUGAAGCACAAACACGACGCCAUCAUGAAGUCCCAAGACAGACACAAGAGUGCCCUGCAGAGGAGGGCCUCCAGUACGGGGAGCAGAGGGAAGGUGGUCCGUCGCGUCAGUGUGAACGAACGUUCGAAUCUGUACCGCCGUGAGCAUGAGAAGGAAGCCAUCGUGUGGCAGGAGAGAGGCAGACAGCCGGAACCACAGGACGAUGAUGAGGACAGACAGACGGACGCAGAGCUCCGGCAGCACUCCUCAAGCUCUGGUCCAGACCCUCAAGAUGAGCCAGCACAGAGGGAGAGCAACGGAGGGAAAGGAGAGCCGAGCGUGGGGAACGGAUCUUCAUCUGCGUUGCCCAUGGAACCGCAAGGGAACCGGCUGGACCGCAGCGCCUCCUACCAGCUGGCCACGGAGGAGCCAGCAGAGGGGGACCUGAGCCGGGAGAAAUCCCGCCACACCCUGGCAGACUUGAAACGGCAACGCGCCGCCGCGAAGCUGUACAAACACCCCUCUACCAUCGCGGACAACAGUCAGGACCUGCCUCCCCUGCAGCCCUCCCGGGCAAGCACGGAGCCCAGCACAGUCUACUACAGCCCCUCCAGCACAGACCCCCCCCUGCUCAAACUGAGAGCCCCUGAACAGGAGCCCCCACCAGAAAAGCAGCGCUGCUGCUACCUGAUGUAACUCCACAGCUCUUCAAGACACUGCUUCACACCAGAUCCUCUCUGUACUGUGCUUAACCAGCUGGGAUGAACACAGGAACGCUCGCUCCAGACACUGUCCUCUGUGCUUUAAUGAAAAAGAUAUUGCUGGCACACAGAGUGUUAACUUACUGGGAAGAUUGAGAAAGAUAUCACAGACCACAUAGGUCAUUAUCAGUUGGGGUGGGGAACGAUACACUAAUGUGACGAUACAUAUCCGAAACUUGUAAUGGUCCGGAUGGGCUACUUGUAUGACGCAUAAGAUCAAAUGAUCAUUAAAAAAACAAACACUUAAAUGAGAUGAGAUAUUCAUAUACCAGCUUUAAAACACUUAAUUCAAGUAUGAUUUGAUGGACUACAAUGAGUUGUUGUGCUUUUGGUCUUGUAUCGCAAUGCAAAUUAUACAUACCUCUGUUACUGUAUUAUAUAGCCUGUAAAGAAAGAAUAGCAAUUAAUCAUACACAUUGAAUCGUUGCUCCACUAGUGAUUAACAUAUUGAACACAGAACAGCUUGCUUAGUGUAAGGCUGUUGCUUGGUGUAUUUGAGCUGUUUAUGAGAUUGCUGUGAGCAUCAGUCAUGGAUUGUCUAUGCUGAGGUUAGGUCAGGUGUAUUUGUCGGUGCUCAUAGUAAAUCAAACAUUAGCAACCCUCAUUCUAAAUGACUGUAGCAGCAUUUGUUGGUAGGUUAUUGAUGCUGCAAUUUGACCAAUUAUCUAUCUCUCUGAAAUAGUUUUAAAAUUAUAAUGUUAUAUUGAUGUGUAGUUAAGUUUUCUAAAUGCAAUGGCUUCUGCCUUCUAUUUAGCAGGAAGAAACUACCCUAUUUUAAUAUAAUCCUGAUCAAUACAUUUUUUUUAGACUGGGGAAUCAGAUAUGUUGGGAUUUUUUAAAUCCAGCAAUUUACAGCUGAUUUUAUAAUCCAGCAAACAUAAAGCUCUGUACCUAAAACCAGCUACUUUAAUUCAGUGAACUCGAUAAUAGGAUUCAAGAGCCAGGGAACUCUGUGCAGAAUUCAAAGCGCUAGUGGUAAAGACGGGACGUGAAAAGCUGCCAAUUCAGUACAUGAGAAUUCCAUUCACUCAGUAAAAUAAGAAUACUUACGAAGUGAGUGGAGGUCAUUCGGCCCAUCUAAGAUUGUCCGGUUCUGAGUAGCUGAUUGAUCUUAAAGGACCCCAAUGAUUCAGCAUCAACAAUAUGGCUAGGUUUCCCCUUUCCAUCCGCUCAACCCUAUCUGUCAUAAGAAGUGUGAACUCUAGCAUUAAAGUGACUGCUCUACAGUAUCCCUAAACUGUAUCUAAAACCUGCUGCUUUUCUCAGCCUGUGUCAUGAAUCCUGUCUCUUGAGUACCACCAGCAUUGCCCUUUCAGGUUCCCCGCAGUGCUGAGUAAAGCUUUGCCAGCUCAGAAUGGAGCCUCUCCAAUUCCCGGAGCGUUACUUUGUGUUCCAGAAUCGAUUUGUUAAGGAGGAUGCUUUCUGGGUUAGUGGGCUAGUCAUGGAUUCCACUUUGACUUAUUUAUUUGACUGAAUGUGAACAGAUUUAGAGAUUCAUAGUUCUAGAAGUGUAGAAUUGUUUUUAUCAUAAAUUAUUAGUGGUAUUUGAAGAUUAGUACAGGAGAUAUUGCCUAGUUUUCAUGGAUGUGAUUUUUUUUUUUUUUUUUUUUUUUUUUUUAGUUUUUUAAUAGAAUAAAAUAAAAUUUAAUAGUUAGGGUAUAAUAUACAGUAGAACUGUUUAAAGUUCUUGAGAUGAUGGCAUGAAAAAAAUGUGUUAAAUCAAAUUC